AUGUUGGGGCUGCAGAGGGUUGCGUGCUAUAGUUGUAAAACCUCUGCAAUCCCUCAGUAUCACCUAGCCAUGUCAAAUGGAACUAUAUACAGCUUCUGCAGCUCCAGUUGUGUGGUAGCUUUCCAGAAUGUAUUUAACAAGCCAGAAGAAGGAGCCAACUCUUCAGCAGUGCCCCUGUCUCAGGGCCAAGUGGUAGUAAGCCCACCCACUGGGUCAGCAGUGUCAGCAGGAGGAGGUAGCGCCUCAGAGGUUUCCCCCAGCUCCAUCAGUGGUUCUGCAGCAGCCAGUCUCCAGCCUCUUGCUGAGCAAUCCCAGCAAGUUGCUGUAACCCAUACUGUUUCUAAGCUCAAGUGUCAUCAGCACUCUUACCAUCUGUGUGCCACAAAACCAGAACUUCUGUUCUAUAAAGGUAAAAUGUUUCUGUUUUGUGGCAAGACUUGUUCUGAGGAAUAUAAAAAGAAAGUUGUGGCAAUGUGUGACUACUGUAAGCUUCAGAAAAUUAUAAAGGAGACUGUGCAAUUCUCAGGGGUUGACAAGCCAUUUUGUAGUGAAGUUUGCAAAUUUCUGUCUGCACGUGACUUUGGCAAACGAUGGAGAAACUACUGUAAGCAGUGCAGUUAUUGUACACAGACAUCACCUAAUUUGGUAGAAAAGCGAUUGGAGGGCAAGUUAGAAGAGUUUUGUUGUGAAGAUUGCAUGUGCAAGUUUACAGUUCUGUUUUAUCAGAUGGCUAAGUGUGAUGGCUGUAAACGAGAGGGGAAGCUAAGUGAGUCCAUGAAGUGGCGAGGCAAUAUCAAAUAUUUCUGUAACCUAUUGUAUGUCAUUGAAUUUUGUCAUCAGCAAAUUACAAAUGACCGUUUUUCACAGAAUAAAGUAAAUAUUUCUAAGGAACAAACUGCUUCAAUGGAGUAUCUUUCUUCAAGGAUAAAUUCAACACUAGUUAUAACCAAUGUGAUAUCAUUGGCAAAAGUAUGUGUUACCCAGCCUACAGGGAACACUAACAGUGUUUUAAAAGGUGCAGCGAGUAAGGAUGCAACAAAGAUUAUCAUUGAAGAUGGGAUUACACAGACAAAUGCCAAGAAAUUUCUAUCUCCCCAGUCUUCCACUUCCCAGCCAUCCAGGCUCUUAAAGAACAAAGCAGUAUUGUGCAAGCCUGUCACACAGAUCAAAGCCACCUCUUGCAAACCACAUAUCCAACACAAGGAAUGCCAGACAGAUUUACCUCUGCCCGACGAGAAAAAUAAAGCAGAACUUGAUUCUCCACCUGCAAAGAAAAACAAAGGAGGUUGUUUUGAGACAUAUGAUGUUGACUAUUUAAAAGUUGGCUUUAUUAUGUCCUCUGGACCGAAAGAAAGUUCACUGAGACUACAAUGUGUCAUUUGUGGAGAAAUCUUAUCCAGUGAAAACAUGAAGCCAGCACAUUUCUCUCAUCAUUUGAGGACAAAACAUUCAGAAUUAGAAAACAAACCAGUAGAUUUUUUGGAACAAAAAUCUCUUGAAAUGGAAUGUCAAAAUAGUUCAUUAAAGAAGUAUUUACUAGUUGAAAAGUCUCUUGUAAAAGCUUCUUAUUUAAUUGCUUUCUAAAUUGCUGCCAGCAAGAAGCCAUUUUCCAUUGCUGAAGAAUUAAUAAAACCAUAUUUGGUAGACAUGUGUUCAGAAGUUUUGGGUUCAAGUGCUGGAGGCAAAAUGAAAACUAUCCUUCAUUCUAAUAAUAUGAUUGGACACAGGAUUGAUGAACUUUCUGCAGACAUUGAAGAUCAGGUGAUUCAAAAAGUCAGAGAGUCAAAAUGGUUUGCCCUUCAAAUAGAUGAGACAUCAGAAAUCUCAAAUAUCACCCUUCUUUUGUGCUAUAUUCGUUUUAUUGAUUAUGAUUGUAAUGAUUUAAAAGAAGAAUUACUAUGUUGCAUUGAAACACCAUCUCAAAUAACUGGUUUUGAAAUAUUUGAACUAAUCAAUAAAUAUGUUAAUAGUAAAUCUCUGAAUUGA